AUGUCGUCGACGGCCAAAAUCAUAGACGGGACCGCGAUUGCCAAGUCGAUCCGCGAGGAUGUCGCGGCGCGCAUACAGGCGAAGAAGGCGCAGUUUCCGCGCUUCCAGCCUCAACUCGCCAUCGUGCAGGCUGGCGCGCGCCCAGACUCGUCGGUGUACGUGCGGAUGAAAGCAAAGGCGGCCGAAGAGGUUGGCGUCAAGUUCAAGCAUGUCCAGCUUCCUGAGGGCGCGACCGUGGAUGAGGUCGUGCGGGAGGUUCGCAAGCUUAACGAGGAUGACACCGUCAGCGGCGUUCUGGUUCAACUUCCUCUUGGUUCCCAUGUGGGCGCCGACGGGGAGCGCACAGUCACUGAGGCAGUCAGUCCGGAGAAAGACGUGGAUGGUUUUCACGCGUACAACAUCGGUCAUCUGGCAUCGCGAGCAGCGGUUCCGCUCUUCACUCCGUGCACCCCGACUGCGUGUAUCAAGCUCCUCGAAACGACGGGCAUCGAGAUUGCCGGAGCUAAUGCGGUGGUGCUCGGCCGCAGCGAUAUCGUCGGCAGCCCAGUUGCCGCGAUGUUGCGUAACAAGGACGCGACGGUCACUCAGUGUCACAGCAAGACGAAGAACCUUCCCGAGCUUGUGAAAAACGUGGACAUCGUCGUAGCAGCUAUUGGCAAAGCAGAAUUUGUCCAGGGAUCCUGGCUUAAACCCGGUGCAGUGGUCAUAGACGUUGGCAUCAACUAUGUUCCCGAUGCGACCAAGAAAUCCGGCCAGCGUCUUGUUGGAGACGUACACUUCUCAUCGGCUUCUGAUGUCGCGUCGUACAUCACGCCUGUUCCUGGAGGCGUUGGCCCUAUGACAGUCGCAAUGCUCAUGGACAACACCGCCAAGUCAGCUGAACGGCUAUGGGAGAGAACUAGGAACCUGCGUGUCCGCCCGCUUCCCUUGAAUAUCCUACCAAACGUCCCCAGUGACAUAGAGAUUGCUAUGGCGCAGACGCCCAAGCCCAUCACGGACGUCGCUCGUGAAAUAGGCGUUCUUCAGAGCGAACUGGAGCCCUACGGAUCUGUUAAAGCCAAGAUUGACCUUGACAUUCUCAAGAGGCUGUCGCAUAGGAAGAACGGCAAAUAUAUCAUCGUUGCAGGUAUCACCCCUACGCCUUUGGGUGAAGGCAAAUCCACGACCACGAUCGGUCUUGCGCAAGCGCUCGGUGCCCAUCUGAAUCGUCCGGCUUUUGCUUGCGUGCGUCAGCCCAGUCAAGGCCCUACCUUUGGUAUCAAGGGCGGAGCUGCGGGCGGUGGAUACAGUCAGGUCAUUCCCAUGGACGAAUUCAACCUUCACUUGACUGGUGAUAUCCACGCUGUCACUGCCGCAAACAACCUGCUCGCUGCUGCCCUGGACGCUCGCAUGUUCCAUGAGUCGACCCAGACCGAUAAGGCUCUCUACAGUCGUCUCGUCCCGGCGAAGAAGGGCAAACGAGAGUUUGCGCCGCUCAUGUUCAAGCGCCUGCAGAAGCUCGGCAUCGACAAGACUGACCCCAACGAUCUUACUCCCGAAGAGAUCAACCGUUUCGCUCGUCUUGACAUCGACCCGGAGACCAUUACCUGGAACCGUGUCUUGGAUGUGAACGACCGGUACCUCCGCAAGAUCACGAUUGGCCAGGCGCCUACGGAGCAGGGCCGCACCCGCGAGACGGGCUUCGACAUCAGUGUGGCUAGCGAGGUUAUGGCUGUACUUGCGCUCACAACCGGUCUGGCGGAUAUGAGGGAAAGGCUAGGAAACAUGGUCGUUGCGACCAGCAAGCGCGGUGAACCCGUCACGGCUGAUGAUAUCGGUGUUGGAGGAGCGUUAGCUGUGCUCAUGAAGGACGCUAUCAAGCCCAAUCUCAUGCAGACGCUUGAGGGUACUCCGGUCUUCGUCCACGCAGGACCGUUUGCCAACAUUGCGCACGGAAACUCCUCGAUCAUCGCUGACCAGAUCGCGCUCAAGCUCGCGGGCACGGAAGAAGGCGAUGGUCCUGAGCGCGUCGGUUACGUCCUCACCGAAGGCGGUUUCGGUGCCGACAUGGGGAUGGAGAAGUUCUGCAACAUCAAGUGCCGUGUCAGUGGACUGAAGCCCGAUGCCACCGUUAUCGUUGCGACGACACGUGCGCUGAAGAUGCACGGCGGUGGACCGGACGUGACGCCAGGAAAGCCUCUGUCCGACGUGUACACGAAGGAGAACUUGGACACGCUCAAGGAGGGAUGCAAAAACAUGGUCAAGCACAUCCAGAACUCUAAAAAGUUCGGCGUGAAGGUCAUCAUCGCCAUCAACCGGUUUGCAACUGAUACGCCGGCGGAAUUGGAGCUUGUCCGUCAAGAGGCCCUCGCUGGUGGGGCUGACGCGGCCGUGGUCACCAACCACUGGGCUGAGGGGGGUGCAGGUGCCAAGGAUCUAGCUGAAGCCGUUAUUGAAGCCUGCGAAGGCGAAUCGCAGUUCAAGUUCCUCUACGACGUGAACCUCCCCAUCGAGGAGAAGAUCAACAUCAUCUCGAAGGAAAUUUAUGGCGCUGACGGAAUCGAGCUCAGCGAGUUGGCUCGCAAGCAAGUCGAUACGUACACCGCACAGGGCUACGACAAGCUGCCCAUCUGUAUGGCGAAGACGCAGUACUCGUUCUCGCACGAUCCCAAGCUCAAGAAUGUUGCUUCCGGGUUCACGAUCCCCAUCCGCGCCGUACGCCUUUCGGCCGGUGCGGGUUUCCUGUAUCCCAUUUUGGGCGACAUGCAGACCAUGCCAGGUCUCGGCACUCGCCCAGGCUUCUGGGAAGUUGGUCUCGACCCCGAAACCGGUCGCGUCGUCGGCCUCUUCUAG